AUGAAUUCUCCCAAAGCCCUCCAUGCAUGGCCCCCGGGAUGUUGGCAUCGAUUUUCUUCUCACAUGUUUUUUUCGUCUAUUUCAUCGCUCUUGACAAAAUUUCUAGAGGAGUGCUCUGGAUGCGGCGCGCAAUUUCACGAGAAUGGACUCCCUGGUAGCCCUGGAUAUCUGCCUAAUCUGUCAAGUAGGAGAGACAAAAUAUUACAAGAACUGGAGCAUGCGCGACGUUCUUCUCCAAGAAAUAAUGCCCUUAAAGGGAGGCAGUUAUCUCGGCUUGAUAUGGAACGAAUAGAAAAUCGUCUGAAUACAACGUGUGUUGAUGAUCGCCCUAUCACUUCGAUGCUCCCUGAGCAGCCUCUAGGUGAAGGUAGCGUCAAAAGAAAAAAGCCUGCAAUUCCUAUUUGCCAAAAAUGCCAUAACCUUUUGAAUAAAAAAGAAUCCCCAGGUUCAAACGAAAGAAGUUCCAUCUCCGUUAUUACUCCUUUAACGAAGAAUGUUUCAAUAGUCAACCCCAAUUUGUGGUGGGAAAAAUUCCUGGCAACUUAUAACGCAAAAAGAGCCAUUUUUUGCUUGUUGGUAGAUUCUACAGAUUUCCCUACUUCAUGGGCAACUUUCCACGACCAGAGUCAUCAGCCUGGAAAAUUAAUUUCCCACUUGCAAUCGAUGGAAGAUAUUCAAGUAAUCAUUGCUCUGACAAAGAUCGAUUUGCUUCCUUUGUCCAUCACGGGCGAUGAAAAAGAAUUGGCUAAAUUUCGAAACCAUGUAAAGGAGUGGGCCGCCACUGAAUUAAUUAAGAGACCCGUGUUUGACGUGGUUCCUGUCAGCGCAAAAUCGGGGUUUAAUUGUCACAAUAUGAUUGCCUCCCUUACAAAAGCCGCAUCCAUUCUGAUGCGAGGAAAGCCUCCUUCUGCAAAGGCUAGUAUUUAUCUUGUAGGGCCCACUAAUUCCGGAAAAUCAAAGCUAUGGACCAAAAUCAUCAAUACAAAGCGAUUCUUUGAAAAUAAGUGUGACACGGCAGAACCAAAAAUUAGCAUUUCAACGCUUUCUCCAGGGACGACGGUUGGCUUCUUUUCUGCUUCUUUGCACUAUGCUCAUGAUUUCACAAAGACAGUUGCCCAAGAAAGCGGAUCAUUCGCGAAGAAUUCAAAAAAAAGUGUGCUAAUCGAUACACCGGGAGUAUUUCCUUUUGGAUGGAUCCCAAGAUUCCUUACCCUUUCAAGUUUGGAAAAGCUCUUUUCUAGCAGUUCUCCAUUUAAAGCAAAUAGAUAUUUGGUUUUAAAAGGCCAAUCAAUGUGGAUUGGUCCCCUUGUUAGGAUUGAUCUUUGUUCAAAUACACAUGCUGAGAAGGAGCAAGAUGGACACAAACACUUUACUAAUUUCGUCAUUUUUGCAACGAGAAAGCUCCCCAUUCAUAUUAAUAGGACUUUUGCGGAAGCCGAAAAGGAGUAUCAAAGGCUGAAAAAAGAGCAAACUUCGCCCUUGACCCAAAAGCAGUUGAAGAAUGUGGAGAUUCCUGAACUAAAGGUUGCCCUGGAUGGAGUGGAAAUUCCUAAAGGACCCAUCAGAAUCCCCGGUAUUGAAAUUGCAUUAUCAGGGAUUGGUUGGAUUGCAAUUUCCCAUGCCGUAUCUGGUAACGACGAUGGCAUCUUCCUUAGAGUAUGGACCCCUGAGGGCGUCGGAGCUUAUUUGCGCCCAAAUCCGCUAUUUUUGAAUUCUAUCAAAGAAUCUGUUAAGGCUAAAGCGGAUCAACAAAAGAGGAUUCUAUUUAAAACCUUAAAUUGCAGGCCUAAAAUGAUUUCAAACCCCAAAACUUAA